ACCUUUCUUUCUACAACCUUAUAUCCUCUCCUCCUUCGCAAUCUUCAGUAGUAGCAAAGUGUUGCAAUUUUCGAAAGAUGGCCGGAAUAGCAUUUGGGAGAUGUGACGAUUCUUUCAGUUUGGGGUCCUUGAAGGCCUACCUUGCUGAGUUCAUCUCUACUUUGCUAUUUGUUUUUGCAGGACUUGGUUCAGCCAUAGCUUACAACAAGUUGACAUCCGAUGCUACACUUGAUCCUGCUGGGUUAGUAGCCAUUGCCAUUGCCCAUGGCUUUGCUCUCUUUGUUGCAGUUUCAAUUGGCGCCAACAUCUCUGGAGGCCAUGUAAACCCAGCUGUCACAUUCGGAUUGGCUCUUGGUGGACAAAUCACCAUCCUCACUGGCAUCUUCUACUGGGUUGCCCAGCUUCUUGGUGCCAUUGUUGCAGCCUUCAUCCUCAAGUUCGUCACUGGAGGCUUGACAAUCCCCACCCACAGUCUAGCUGCUGGAGUUGGAGCCAUUGAAGGAGUAGUCUUUGAGAUCAUCAUCACCUUUGCAUUGGUUUACACUGUCUAUGCAACAGCAGCUGACCCCAAGAAGGGCUCAUUGGGCACCAUUGCCCCCAUCGCCAUUGGUUUCAUAGUCGGGGCCAACAUCUUGGCUGCCGGACCAUUCUCCGGUGGAUCAAUGAACCCGGCCCGCUCUUUUGGUCCUGCCGUUGCUAGCGGUGACUUCCACAACAACUGGAUCUACUGGGUUGGACCCCUCGUUGGUGGUGGACUUGCUGGCCUUGUUUAUGGGAACCUAUUUAUGUACAGAGAACAUGAACCCUUAGUAAGUGAGUACUGAUUAAUUUGAUUGAGAUUUGAGCAUCGUUGCAAAUGUCUUCCAAUGUAUCCUUUGUAAUAACAGCAGGAGGAAGAGCAAUUGUUUUUGUUCUUUACUUCUUUUUGUCGUCAAGUUUUCAAUUAUUUAUUCUCACUUUCUCAGCUUGGAACCUCCAUUUUCUUGUGCUGUUUGUAAAGCCCUUUUGUAGGUCACUUUUUCUUUGUGAAAAAUGAAUGAUGUUGUUGAAGCACA